UUUAAUUACUAGAUUGCCUUAUUGCCAGUUAUUGCAUUUCGUGAAAUCGAGAGAAUAAGUAAUAAACUAAUAAACUCGGACAAAUGCAUAAGAUUUUUGUGUGCGGGCAAAAUUUUAUCUGAUAAUAGUAAUUUCGUAGUCUUACUAGUAUAUGGUGCACGAGGAAAAGGCAAGCAACAACAACAGCGAGUGUAAUCUGAAUGAAGGAAAUAUACACUCGUGUGGGGCUUUGGAGGCGUGUUCAUUGGAUAGACGUUAUUAGUAGCUUGCUAACCACGUUGUGAAAUAUACGGCAAUCGAUAUAAUAUGGCACCGAAAAUCAACAAGGAGCUGCUGCCGAUGAAGGCGCAUUAUUUCUUCUUUAAUGCAGGCACAGCGCCGGUAAUCCCUUUCAUGCCCACACUGGCGCGUCAAUUAGGCUUCUCUACUGUUGUUAUUGGUACAAUGUAUACAAUUCUGCCAAUUGUUGGCAUGUUGGCGAAGCCGCUUUUUGGUUUUAUUGCUGAUCGUUAUCAACGUCAUCGUUUACUUUUCCUCAUCGGCGAAGUACUUACUGCUGUUGCCUUUUUUCUUAUACAAUUCACACCAGCUAUACCACAAGCACUGCCCAUAGUGGAGUUCAAUUGUCAUGGUGGCGCAUCUGCAGUAAAAUAUUACUCAGAAUUCGAUAAGUGUAUAGAAAACAAUCUGGAAAAUUACUAUGGCGGUCGUGUGCUCACAUGCGAACUAUACUGUCAAUCAGAUCCGGAGCGUUGGGAUUUUGUUUGCGAAAAUUGGCUCCACAAUAACAGUACCACUAUGAAUACCAUCACCAACGUCAAUUGUCCCGAGCGCAAUAAUCCACAAUUGAACUUCACCACCUUUCUCAAUAUGAGUAAAAUCGAAAUGCCUGGUGAUCAUCUAUUCUUUGUCAUACCACACGAUCGUGGUCAAAUGAAUGGUGAAAAUAUCACAUUAAAUUGUCCACAUGAUAAGCCACAAUUUAAUACAAGUUGUAACAUUCAAUGUAACGAUGAAUAUUUCCACAACCAAUUGACACAAAAUGCAGUCAUUGAGAAUGGCAAGGUCGCAGGCAUGUAUCAAUUCUGGUAUUUCUUUAUAAUGUUAAUUAUAAGCUGGAUUGGUAUGGCUGUGGUGGUGAGCAUUGGCGAUGCUAUAUGCUUUUCGAUAUUGGGUGAGCGUCAUCAUCUAUAUGGCAAUCAGCGUUUGUGUGGCUCCAUUGGUUUUGGCCUAUUCUCCAUUAUAGCUGGUGUAUUGGUGGAUAAGAUGUCAGGCGGUAGUGUUAAUAAAGACUAUACAAUCGUCUUUUGGAUGACUUUAGUGAUAAUUGGUUUCGAUUUAUUUGCAUCCACAAAGUUGAAGCAUACGCAAACCACCCUAUCACCGAAUAUUCUUAAAGAUGUCGGUAAAAUGUUCCUUUCCGUUCGUUGUGUGAUAUUUUUCCUAUGGUGCAUAUCGAUUGGUUUGUGCACCGCGCUUAUUUGGAACUUUCUCUUCAUGCAUUUGGAUGAGUUGGGUGAAAAGCUGGAAGGUUGUCAAAAUUCCAUGAAAACACUUGAAGGCAUUGCUUCGGGCAUACAGUGUUUUGGCGGCGAAUUACCCUUCUUCUUUCUCUCCGGCUGGAUAUUGCGCAAAAUCGGUCAUGUUAAUGCUAUGAGUUUAGUACUUUUCGCUUUUGGCGUACGUUUCAUACUCUAUUCGCAAUUGGUGAAUCCAUGGUUUGUGUUGCCCAUUGAAAUGUUGAAUGGUGUCACAUUCGGUAUUUUCUACUCGACAAUGGCAUCGUAUGCGAGUAUUGUGGCGCCACCCGGUACAGAGGCGACUAUGCAGGGAUUAGUCGGUGCAAUUUUCGAAGGUGUUGGCGUUUCGAUGGGUAGCUUAAUUGCUGGCUACCUAUUUGCCGCUAUUAGUGGCAGUGGAACAUUCCUACUCUUCGGCAUUUUCGCCUUUAUUGUAUUCAUUGUACAUGUACUUGUGCAAUGGUAUUUGCAACGUACGGGGCAGGGUGAUGAUGCCGUAAAUGGCACAGUGAAAUAUUUGACACCCAACGAUGCGAUGCAUAUGCUCAACGAUCCAGAAUACAGUAUUGUACCAUAAGAAAAAACAUCUAAAUUUAAAAGAAGACGGGAAAAAUACGAAUCUAAGCAGUCAAUUGUUCAACAGCAGUAUAAGCAAUUAUAUGUUUGCCGGCGGUCUGGAACCGCUGUUUCUGAUUGGCUCUGGAAUGUGUGAUAGCUGCCUACACUUGCUUUACUGUUUUAUUAUUAUUAUUUUAUUUUUUUUUUCACUCUGAGCUGUGAACUAUUUUACUUUGCGUACUUAUGUAUGUAUUUAUGUAUGUAGUAAGAAGGAUUGUUUACCAAUAACGCACAUCUAUCAACAGAAACAAGAAAAAAGAGGACUUAAACAGCUAAUACAACGACAAAAUAGUAUUUAUGUUAUUAAUAUGUAGUAGCUAAUUUAUGUAAGUGUGUUAGUGGUACUUUAUGGUUUUUGAUCUUUGUUUAGUUAAGCUACAUAUAUAUUAUAGAGGCAUUAAUUUAUACAAUUAUUUACAUUACUAAGCGCUUUAACAGGUUUUAAACUAAAAAUAUCUUGAAAAUUGUGUAAAAUGUAGUUAGUUAAUUAAACAAUCAACCAAUUAUAUAUGUGAAUAAUGUGUAUCUAACAGCAGUAAAUGUACACAGCUUUUUACUAGCUUAUACAUAUAGCUUUAAUUUCACCCAUUAAUUCUACUCUCUCUAUGUUAAAGCUUAAUUUGAUUUUACCGUUAGUCAUGCUGUUGAAUCUUGCAUUAUAAGCACAAAUAAUUAUAUAUAUAUAUACAUAU